GCUUAUCCGCGCUCCCGGGCCCGGAGCUGGCAGAAGCCGCCCGGAGCCUGCGCUCCGGCCGGCCCCGAAACCUGAGUAGUGGAAGAAGCGAGCGCUCGCGCAGCCCGGGAAUCUGGAGCGUAAAAACAGGGCCCGGGAACCUGGUUCCAGGAGGCACCACUGUCCUGGUGGAGCUCACACCAGAUAUUCACAUUUGUGGCCUGUGCAAGCAGCAGUUCAAUAACCUAGAUGCAUUCGUCGCUCACAAGAGAAGCGGCUGCCAGCUGUCCGGCGCAGCAGCGGAGACCACCAGCACGGUACAGUUCGUAGCAGAAGAAACCGUGCCAGCGACCCAGACCCAAACCACAACAAGGACCAUCACUUCAGAAACCCAAACUAUCACAGUUUCUGCGCCAGAGUUUGUUUUUGAGCAUGGCUACCAAACCUACCUACCUGGUGAGAGCAGCGAGCCUCAGCCUGCCGCCGUUGUCACCACUACACCGAAACCUCGCGCCAGAAAGUCUGCCACAUCAGGGGCGCAAAAGAAACUUAACUGCUGCUACCCAGGCUGCCAGUUCAAGACAUCCUACGGUAUGAAAGACAUGGAACGACAUUUAAGAACACACACUGGUGACAAGCCCCACAAAUGUGAGGUUUGCGGGAAGAGCUUCAGCCGCAAAGACAAGCUGAAAAUGCACAUGCGAUCCCACAGCGGAGUGAAGCCCUACAAGUGCAAGCACUGUGACUACGCAGCUUCCGAAAGCAGCAGCCUGAACAAGCACCAGCGCAUCCAUUCCAACGAGCGCCCUUUCAAGUGCCAGAUCUGCCCUUACGCAAGCCGCAAUUCCAGCCAGCUCACGGUGCAUCUCAGGUCUCAUACAGGAGACGCUCCCUUCCAGUGCCGCCUCUGCAGCGCCAAAUUCAAAAUCAACUCGGACUUGAAGAGGCACAUGCGCGUGCACACGGGGGAGAAGCCCUACAAGUGCGACUACUGCGACGUGCGCUGUGCCAUGAAGGGCAACCUGAAGUCGCACAUCCGCAUCAAGCACAGCAUGGAGAACGCCUACCGGUGCCUCGAGUGCGAGUUCCAGUGCGGGAACAAGACCAGCCUCCGGCACCACCUGCGCACCCACCAGCCCGAGCAGCCUGUGAAAUGCUCGGAGUGCAGCUACUCCUGCUCCAACAAGGCCACCCUCAAGGUGCACGAGAGGAUCCACUUCAAGGACCGCCCUUUCAAGUGCGAGUUCUGCAGCUUCGACACCAAGCAGCGCAGCAACCUCACCACGCACAUGAAGAAGGCGCACGGGGACAAGGUCAGGGUGAAGAAGAAGGCGGCCGAGAAGGGGGAAGGAGAGCGGCUGAAGGAAGGCAGCUCCAGGCAAGUGGCCAGGCUGGAAGCCAAGAAAGCUUUCAAGUGCGAUCUCUGCGAGGCCUCGUUUGUCCGGGAAGACUCCUUGCGGAGCCACAAGAGGCAACACGUCGAGUACAACGGGGCUAAGAACACGGAGCUGGCCGUUUUGCAGUUCCAGGUGGACCCCACGAGGCCAACCGGCGCCCCUAUUACCGUCAGCCACCUCCAGGUUCCGCUGCAGGCUUCGUCUUACGGCAAAGGGCAGGUGAAGAUCAUCGUCGGACAUCAGGUACCCCAAGCCGGAGGUCUGGUGCAAGCGGCUUCCGUGAACAUUGUGCCGCCAGCCUUAAUAAGCCAGAACCAAGAAGAUCUGUCUGGCAACGGCCAGUUGCAAAUCCUGCAGCAAGUGAGCUUGCUGGCUCCCCCUCUGCCCCCGGGGUCUCAAGCGGAAAGCAUUUCGAUGGGCCAACCGGCCGUGCUCCUCACAACCCACAGUCCAGCGGAGAGAAGCACGCCCAACCAGACCCUGAUUCCCGACAUCCCCGUAGGCAGCCACGAGGCCACGGCGGCCCAGGCUUUCAUCAGCAGUGCCGAAAUUAGCUGCUCCGACUUGGAAGGACUCAACGCCUUGAUUCAGGAAGGGGCCGGGGAGGUGACAGUGGUGAGCGAUGAGGACCAGAGCAUCACUGUGGCUACCUCGGUGCCCCCUCCGCCCAUCUUUUCCUCCCCUCCUCACACCGACGUGCCCAAGCAAGUCUACUCCAUUAUCCAAAGUGGUGCAAGUUUGCUGUGUCCUGCAGACUCCAUACCAGAUUAGUUCCAAGAAGAGCGCAUUUGCUCAGCGCUCAGUUAGCACAUGAGAUUUGGCCCUGGAUCCUGAUUAGGGUGCUGAGUACAGAAGGCGAGGCAAUUCCUGGUGUCGUGCCAGUUCAUUGCUUCACUCCAGGGGUAGCCCAGCUGUUGUCCGACUGUAGCUCCCAUCAUCCCGGACCAUUGGCCACACCA